UUGGAAUCGAUUUGGGUUCGACAUAUUCCUCGUUGGAGUUUGGAAAUACGAUCGAAUUAGAAAUUAUUACUAAUGACCAGGGUCAUCAUACGACGCCUUCGUAUGUCGCUUUCACCGAAACAGAACGUCUUAACGGUGAUGCUGCAAAAAUCAA